AUGCGCGUGCGCAGCAUAUCCGUCCUGUUCACAUGGCUCUGGGGGUGGGAGGGGGAUGGCAACAGGUGCAUUCUAGCACGGCAACACUGGGUGGAUAAGCCCUACCGGUUGCUGUUCCAGCAGUGCUUCGGUGAGGUGGCCCUGGCAUUUGGGGUCGAGCAGGCCCGGGCUUGGCGGGCCAACCUGCGGUCGAUCUUCAUCCGCACCCACUGGCUCCUCCCAUACCCCUCAUCAACCAGCUUCUGGUCCCAUGGUGGGCAGCGGCGCCUUCAGUGGUGGUCUAGCGUGCACCCCGGCGUGCAGCAGUACGUCCGGAAGAAGAAAAAGAAGCAGCAACCAUCUCCAGAUCCAGCCCCACUGCAUAUUGAGCCCUGGGAGGUCGUUCACCUCCCCCUGAGCGGCUGGGAGCGCUCCUCCUCUGUCAUGCAGGGGAUCGACAUCAGGCUUCCAAGCACGCCGGACUCCAUAGAUGAUUUCCUCACUGAUGUGCCACUGGAGCCUACUGAGGAGCCCACCAUGCGUGAUGAACACAUCCUGCUCCCAGUGAUUGGGCAGAGUGUGAAGCUGAUCUACAGCACGCUACCAGACAUUGCACCAAGCUACCAGCUACGGUCCCACAGACGGGGAGAGCACCAAGGCACUCCACAGCAUGAUCCUGCAUGGUGGAAGUCCCACCUCCAGUCCUAUCUACAGAGGCUCAUCCAGAGCAAGCAUGAUGCCAUCCAGUCACUGAAGUUCGCCCAACGGUCCCGCCAGUGGCAGAGUGGUCCACAGCCAGUACAGAAGAUAGCUAACACCGAGCCGGAUUCCGAUCCUGAGUCACUGAGCCAGCAGUAUAUCCAGGAGGUAAAGCAGCUCCAGGCUCUGAAGAAACAAGAGCGGAAGGUGUGGGAAUAUAACACCCGAUAUAUGCAUCAUUGGCAGCAUAUGAAAUCACUGCAGCAACAGUCUCAGAGCAGUGCCAGCAGUCGAUGGUCUGCACAAGAAUGGAAGAGCUUCCAGGAACAGUUUCAGUGGGCGCGGCAUCGGGCACAGAAGUAUGAGUAUCAGCUGAGAAAGUCCACCCACAAGAUCACUGAGCAG